AUGUCAAAUCACCCUAUACAUCAAAAAGAAUUCAACUGCAAUUGUGACCAUAAUUCAUACCAAAUUUCUCUUGAAAAACGCAACAAUGACUUUUCCUUUAGUAAAGAAUUCACACUUCGUGAUAUUUUAGAACGAUGGGCUGGCUCAGAAGAAACAUUACGUACUAUAAUGAUUGCGAAAACAGAAGAAGACAGAUUAAAACAGGAAAUGGUGCGUCUUGAUAUUAAAAGAAUAGAAAACGAAAUUUUAGUUAAUGCACUUCGAGGAGGGAUUCAACCUAAUGCAAUUCCUACUAUUUUUUCUGGUCAAUUAAAUAACUCUACAUUAGCACUUUCUCAAAGCUACUCUCUUUCUUCAACAUCUUCAGUACAAUAUCAAUCACAUAAUUUAGGGUCUUCUGAAAUAUCUAUUUCAGCACUUUGCCAUUCAUCUCAAGAACCCGGAUCUUUAUCAAACCAAUGUGCACCACAACCUCGUCAUCAAACAAAUAUACCAAAUACACUAGAUUCUUUUCCAGCAAAUUCGCCUUCCCAAAAGGGCGGAAAAUCACCAUUUAUGCUUUCAAGAAAUGUAACAGAGCCUGCACCAAAUCAAAACCAUACAUUAAAUUCAAAUGCAUCAUCUUUACCUUCCCUUUUUUUUCAUUAUUGGAUACCUCCUGGAGAAUCAGUAAAUUCAGUCACUACAGUGAAUAAUGAAGGAUCAGAACUAACAUCUCAAUCAAAUAUUUUGAAUUCACAUGAAAAAGAAUCAUGUUCAUUUUCACCAUCUAAAAAAAAGAGAGUAUCACAACCACAACAGCUUUUGCUUCCACCUUUUGGAAAUUCUAUAUUACCGCCUCUUUCUAAGCGCUCACCUCGACACCAUUUACGUCAUCGUAGCGAAACAUCUGUUUUACAGUCAAAAUUCUUUGAUAUUCCAUCAAAUAAACCAGGAAAUUCUCCUACUACAAACGAGAACAGCUUGCCAGAUCCUAAAAUACUAGCCGAUAAAUCUUCUGAACUCAAAGAAAAGAAAUACAAAGAUGACAAAGUCUUUGGCAUUUAA